AUGGCCAAUAUAAACACAGAUGAGUCCAAAACUACUAAAAGUUGUGCGAAAUGUACCCGCAAAGAUGAUAGUAAUAUGGUGUGCUGCGAUUCAUGUGAUGCUUGGGAGCACUACGAAUGUGCGGGAGUAAGCGACUCCAUUUCGGAGCCAGAUCGAAGCUGGAAGUGUAGCAAUUGCUUAACGACAACGGAGGAUAAAACGACUAAGCCCUCCAGUAGGCGAAAUGGAUCUAUUGUUAGUCGGGGCAGCAAGAACUCUGAGUUUUACCGGAUGAAGCUUGAGAAACUGGAAAAAGAGCACGAACUGAAGUUACAAAAGAUACAAGAAGAAGAAGAUUACAUCAAAAAGAAAUACGAAAUCCUGAAAAAAAUGGAAGAAGAAGAGGCUGGACCCUCCAGCAGAAGGAGCGACGUCAGUUCCACAAAGGUUCGAGAAAGAUUGCUAAACUGGCUGGCGGAUGACGGAACAGCGAAAACCCCUGUUACGGGAAAACCCAGUGACAGCGAUACAACUCUUCAAAAUGCCCUCCCUAGGGAAUCCUCUACACCGAAAGACAAAAACGCAGAAACGAUCCAUCGAGCGAUCCCAACGACAUUAAAAUCUGUCGCCAACAGGAAAAUACCCGACAAAGAGCCGCUUGUCCCUUUGAACCAGAACGGAGGAACUGUGCUUCAACAAAAUCCACCAGCAUCCACUUCGCUAAAUCAACAAAUCAAUUCCUUGACAACAGCGAUUAACACCUGUACGUUUUCUGGUGACCAAAUUCCCGGUGUUCAACAAGGAAAUCUGUCAGCUCCGGAUACUCUUCCCUAUGUAAAUCCCGUAAGCGCUGCAACUGAACGGGCGGAACCGACAACUUCCCAACUCGCUGCCAGACAGGUUAUUAUUAAAGAACUACCCGUAUUUUCCGGUAACCCUGAAGAAUGGCCGUUAUUCUAUGCUGCCUUCCAAAACUCAACGAAGUAUUGCGGAUACAGUCACGCAGAGAAUCUCUCGCGCCUACAAAGGGCACUUUCGGGACAGGCUCUCGAAUCGGUUAGAAGUCGUCUAUAUAUCCCAGAAUCCGUUCCGAUCGUCAUAGAAAAGCUCAACAAGAUCUAUGGUAGACCCGUCCUGUUAAUCAACUCGCUCAUAAAUAGAAUGCGCAGCGUCCCCCCUCCGAGGGAAGAUGAUCUGGAUUCCAUAAUCUUCUUUGGUACGGCCGUACAGAACCUGGUGGAUCAUAUAAAAAUCUCCGAUCAACGCGAUCAUUUAAAAAAUCCUUCGCUUCUCCAAGAAAUUAUCAACAAACUACCUGUACAGAUGCAAAUGCAGUGGGGAACGUUCAAAUUCCCCUGGAAUCCCGUGGAUGUAGAUCUUGAAACUUUUAAUCAGUUUAUGACCAACCUGGUAGACAUUGCUUUGGAUUUGACAGUGAAAGUGGGAGCAGUAGCGCAACAGAAAAGUCAACGCUUUAAGCCACGAGAACGCUUAAACGCUCAUUAUCAAGCGGAGGAUGAUCGAGAAUCGCUGACUUAUAAUCCGAGAGGAAGUUGUAACUUUUGCAAGGGACACGACCAUUACAUUGCACAAUGCGAAAAUUUUAAAAGGCUGAAUCUCGACGGACGCUGGAAAACUAUUCGCACUCUAAAUCUCUGCUGGACCUGCUUAGUACCCCAUAAAAGAUGGCCCUGCCGGUCAAACCGAAUCUGUGGAGUUGAUGGGUGCAGGCAACGCCACCACGGGCUGCUACACAACUUUGGAGAAUCCGGAACGAUUGAUAGAGACCCCACGGCACAAAUGGACACCUCUGUAUCAACAGCACAUCAUAACCACCACUACGAAAAAUCAUUUUCAUUCAUUCGAUACUUACCAGUAACACUUUCCGCCAACGACAAGUUCAUAGAGAUAUUCGCGUUCUUGGAUGAUGGCUCCUCCACAACUCUUUUGGAGUCCGAUAUAGCAACGCAGCUCGGAGUAACGGGUACCCCAGAUAUUUUGACGCUUUUCUGGACAGCGAAAAUAGGUCGACAAGAAAAGGACUCACACCGAAUCAGUGUACAAAUUUCGGGAAUUGGGUCCACUAAUCGGUUUAAAAUAGAUGACGUUAGAACCGUUGAAAGACUUGAUCUCCCUAGCCAAUCUUUGAAUUAUAAAGUACUGUGUGAAUCUUUUCCUUACUUGAGAGGACUUCCCAUACAAAGCUAUCACGAUGCGCGCCCAAAAAUGAUUAUCGGCAUAGAGCACGCCAAACUACUGACUUCUCUGGAAACUCGUGAGGGCGGUGAUCAUGAACCCGUCGCUAUCAAGACACGACUGGGCUGGUGUACCUUCGGAAAAGGAAAUAAGUGUAAUGACAUUACAGAGAGUCUAAACUCACACAUCAGCUUCAAUAACAUUCGACUGCACGAUGUCAUGAAACAGUUUUUUCAAACCGAGGAAGCCAUCCCACCAGUAAACCUAGAUUCAGAAACUGAUAAAAGGGCAAGACAAAUACUAGAAGAAACUACCAAAUUCAUUGAUGGUAGAUACGAAACGGGACUCCUGUGGAGAGAAGAUCGUCCUAUAAAUCUACCUAAUAGCUUCCCUACGGCCCUGAAACGUCUCAUUAGUCUGGAGAAACGUCUAGCUGGAUUACCCGACUUAGCGCUUAAAGUCCAGGAUCUUUUAGACGUCUAUGAACGAAAAAAGUACGCUCAUCGACUCACACAAGCUGAAUUUAAUAAAACAGAUCCCAAAAAAACCUGGUAUCUGCCCCUUGGAGUAGUGACUAACACGAAAAAACCCAACAAAAUACGGUUGAUAUGGGACGCUGCGGCACGAACUGGAGGUACAAGUCUCAACGACCUUUUAUUGAAGGGACCCGAUCUAUUAAUUUCACUAAUGGGGGUUCUUUUGAGAUUCAGACAACGAAACAUCGCAGUUUGUGCUGAUCUCACCGAAAUGUUUCACCAGAUAAGAAUUCGGGAUGAAGAUAAACAUUUCCAACGUUUCUUAUGGAGAAAAAGCCCUGAAGAACCUAUCGGAACGUACGUGAUGGAUGUCGCCACUUUCGGUGCGUCGUGCUCACCUUGUAGCGCCCUCUUCAUUAAAAAUAAAAACGCUCUCGCCCACGCCUCAGAAUUCCCUGAAGCCUCGAAGUCUAUAGUGGACAACACCUACAUGGACGACUGGCUGGUAAGUGUCGAUACCGUCGAAGAAGCCGUUCGGCUGUCAGAAGAGGUCAAAAGAAUACACGCAGCCGGAGGAUUCCAGCUCUCAAAGUUUAUAUCGAACGUUCCAGAGGUCCUAGAACGAUUAGGAGAGCUUAAUUCGCCUUUAGAUAAGAACCUUGACUUCGAUCAAGCAGAAAAUAUGGAACGAGUACUAGGGAUGAUUUGGAUACCAUCAGCGGACAUGUUUACCUUCAGCACCAUGGUGAAACCCUGCCUUCAGAGAAUCGCCGAUUGUGUGGACAUCCCAACUAAGCGACAAGUACUACAAAUAAUAAUGUCCGUAUUUGACCCGCUAGGAUUAAUAUCUCACUACAUCAUACACGGGAAAGUGCUAAUGCAGGAAAUUUGGAGAUCCGGGUCUGACUGGGAUGAACAGAUUCCGCAAAAUCUACUUGACUCAUGGAAAAGGUGGAUAGGGCUUCUAGGUCACCUUCACAAAGUCCGAGUCCCACGAUGCAUCUUCUACAAUACCGACUCUCGAAUAAAUUACAAACUUCAGCUACACACUUUUGUGGACGCGAGCGAAGCCGCCUACUCUUGUGUGGUCUACAUUUGA